AUGGCCGAAGUAAAUCUCUCCGGAAAGGUUAUUUCGCCAUCGCGAAUGGCUCAUAUCGUGUUGAGGACCCCAAGAUACAGGCCUAUGAUUGAAUUUUACAAGAGUUUACUAGGUGCUCAUGUUGUUGCCGAGACUGCAGUCAUGGCCUUCUUAACUUACGACGACGAACACCAUCGCAUUGCAAUCUGCGCCAUACCGGGAUGUGGCGACAAGAUCCGCAGCAGCGCCGGCCUAGAUCAUAUCGCGUUCUCCUUCGACUCGCUAAAUGACUUCGCCACGGCCUAUCUCCAGCGGAAAGCUCGUGGCAUCCUACCGGUCUGGUCUGUCAACCACGGACCUACCACUUCCAUGUACUAUCAAGACCCCGACGGAAACGUGAUAGAGACGCAAGUCGAUAAUUUCGAUACGGUUGAGGAGGCCACUGAGUACAUGAUGGGCCCCGAGCUAGCCGAGAAUCCCUUUGGUGUUGACUUCGAUCCGGAGGACUUGGUCAGACGUCUGAAGAGCGGUGAGCCAGAGGUUGAUAUCAAGAAGCGCCCUAAUAUCGGGCCUCGCGGUAUCGAGGAUGUUCCCCUUCUCCAUCUGCCUCCACCUGAGGUAAAAGACAAUUACGAGCCCAUCGAGGGCGUAUCUAACGCCACGCCUGCGAUGCAAAAGUUCCAAGUCAACUCAGUGGCGGUGUAG